AUGGCUGAAAUUUUUAAAUUCGUUCAUGUAUUGAUGAUCUUUCUUUCUUUAAUUGUUCUUGUAUCUAGCAAUAAAUUGUUCUGCUAUACUACGGAUGAUUGUGACAAAAAUAUAUGUCACAGUCCUCCUUUUGUUAUGAAUUGUCGUUUGUUUUUGUGCCUCUGCGAGAAUAAGCAUAAUGACAAUUUAUGUAUGCAAAGGAGGAAAAAUAUGAAUAAAACUCUCAAAUUCAUUCAUGUUUUAAUUAUUAUUUUUUCUCUAAUUGCUCUUGUAACCAGUUAUGAUAGUUCAUUUUGCUUUACUGAUGAUGAUUGUAAAGAAAAUAAAUGUUACAAGGGAUAUAUAACCAAGUGCCGUUUGUACAUUUGUAUCUGUGAACCGACUGAUUAAGUUGAAAAUUAAUUAUAUGUUAUUUAUAAGCAUGUAAGUUUUUUUUUUUUUUUUGAAGCAAAGCAUGUAAGUUAUUAUGUUGGAACUUAAAGAAUAAAUUUAAUAAAUACUAAUGUAUGGCCACAGUGUUGUCAAGAUUACACAAAUAAGAUUAUAUAUUGUUCAUGUUUUAAA